CACCGAUAGCCACACGAGAACUACAUGCAGAUAUACACAUUCAGCACGUUCCUAAAUUGCAUGUGGACUUUCUUUAGCGCUAAAUGGGAUUGCCAGCAAGAAUGUCAACAAAAUGUCUGAAUUCAAUGUACAAAAAUGUACGUUCCUUUACUUUAGCAAUACUGACGAUUUUUGUCCUAUUUCUACUACUGAAAGAUAAUAAGACUGAAAUAGAAAAUCUGUCUUUUGAGGAGUCUAAAAAACAAUUCGAAUUUGAAAAAAAGUCUCACAUCAAUAAAACAUCUGGUGAUGUAUUGUUCGACUACAAGUCGGCAAUGUCAGCCUUGAAUGCAGCAAAAGUAAGUGCAGACGAUCCAGUACUAGUCGAACUUAUCAGAAGAUACUACAUUGAAAAUCCUUCAGAUCUCGGAUACAAUUUAGAAAAGCCGCAUAUUAAAGACACCUCAAAGGGCCAAACAGCAUUUGUAGACGACACACUGAAUCAUGCGGAGAACGGGUUUUACAUAGAAUGUGGAGCUCAGAGCGGAGAGUUUCUUUCAAAUUCUUUGUUUUUCGAAAGAUUUCGGAACUGGAGUGGCAUUUUGAUAGAAGCUAAUCCCAUGUGGUACAAGGUGCUUAAGACCAAACACAGGAAAGCAUUCAUCAUAAAUGCAUGUCUCAGCACAAAACCAUAUCCAUCAAUGGUGAAGUACGGAAGAAGAAGGAUAAUUGACGAUGAUGUAGUGAAGCCUAAUUUGCUCGAACAUGACGAAGGUCCAUACACUGAUGUCCAGUGCUUUCCCCUGUAUUCAAUUCUGCUUGCUUUAAAUCAGCUAAAAGUUGAUUACUUUAGCUUGGAUGUGGAAGGUGCUGAGGAGGCGAUUUUGGAUACAAUUCCUUGGGACAAAGUAGAUAUAAAAAUGAUGUCUAUAGAAUACAACAAAUGGAAUGGCGGAGAACAAUCAUUGAAAACAUACAUGCAGAAAAAACGUUUCAAGUAUUUGAAAACAAUAACUAAACAGCAUGUUGCAGACAUCAUAGUUCAAAAGCUGUAAAUGAAAAUGAUAUAUCUUUAAACUAAGACAUGAAUAUUAUGUGAGUUUUUAAUUGUCUGAAUUAUACAUUUUCGAAUUGAUCUAGGCGCUGCAGACAUAUGUUUUACCUACAAGGUAGUAGUACCUGUUGCAUUUUGUUAUUAACAAAUAAACAUUAUAUCAUCA